CCACAGCGGACACACACGGCCUGACCCAGCCCGGCUCCACAGCAGCACGACACAGCCCAGCCCGGCCCCACAGCACAGCCCACAGCGGACACACGACACAGCCCGGCCCCACACCGCCUGGCCAGGCUCCACACCACAGAGGACACACACGGCCUGACCCGGAACGGCGAGACGUGUCCAUGGUCCCUGCACCCACCUUCCCCGAGCGGAGACACCCGGCAAUAUGGGUGUGAUAGGCGUUCAAUUGGUGGUUACUAUGGUAAUGGCCAGCAUCAUACAGAAGAUUACACCCCACUACUCGUUUGCUCGUUGGUUGCUUUGCAAUGGGAGCCUGCAAUGGUACCAGCAUCCGUCAGAAGAACAACUGCAAGUCCUUGCUGGAAAACAACAGAAAGCUAAAUCUAAGAAAGAAAGGAAAUAUAAUGGGCACAUAGAAAGCAAGCCGCUGACUGUUCCUAAGGAUAUCAAUCUGCAUUUGGAAACAAAGAGCAUCACAGAAAUGGAUACACAAGUUUUGCAUUACUUCCCCGAGUUCCAGUGGCUGGUGGAUUUCACAGUAUCGGCCACAGCUGUCUACGCCAUCACAGAAGUAUACUACAGUCUGACAAAUCCCCGUAAUGAGAUGAAUAUUAGUAUUGUUUGGUGCCUGCUCGUCCUUACCUUUGUAUUUAAGGUAUUAUUUUCUAUGACCACUCACUACUUCAAAGUGGAAGAAGAUGGGGAGAGGUCAGUCUGCAUCACAUUUGGCUGCUUCUUCUUUGUAAAAGCAAUGGCAAUCCUAAUUGUAACAGAGAACUACUUGGAGUUUGGAUUGGAAACAGGGUUUUCAAACUUUUCUGGCGGUGCUAUGCAGUUUCUUGAGAAACAAGGCCUGCAAUCCCAAGGUCCUAUCUCAAAACUGACCUUUAAAAUGGUCCUGGCUGUUCUUUGUGCUUUCAUUGGCGCUCUUCUGACAUUUCCUGGCCUGCGACUGGCUCAGAUGCACCUGGAUGCCCUGAAUCUUGCAAAAGACAAGUUAACGCAGACUUUACUUCAUAUGAAUUUCCUUUCACCACUAAUCAUGGUACUUCUGUGGGUAAAACCUAUCACAAAGGACUAUAUCGUGAAUCCCCCACUUGGUAAAGAAAAUAUUGGUUUAAUGUCAGAGGCUACAUAUGACUCAUUGCGACUGUGGAUUAUUAUCUUUCUCUGUGUUCUCCGACUGGCCUUAAUUCGCCAACACCUGCAAGCAUACCUAAACUUAGCACAAAAGAGUAUAGAACAAAUGAAGAAAGAGGCAGGGCGGAUCAGUACGAAGGAUCUGCAAAAGAUGGUUGCCCGGGUUUUUUAUUAUCUUUGUGUAAUUGCACUUCAAUAUGUGGCACCUGCGAUUAUGCUUCUUCAUACAACACUGCUUUUAAAAACCAUGGGUCACCAUUCCUGGGGACUCCUCUCAGAAUCUUCGUAUGUGUCUCCUAAGGAGAUCGUUGAAGGCUUUAACUCUGUCCAAUCACCUGCCCUUGCAGACAAUGAAAACCAGAAGCUGACAGUUGCACAAAUAACAAUGGCACUGGAUGGCCUGCAGAAUGUUUUCACUCCAUUGCUCUUCCGAGGCCUCCUCUCCUUUCUAACCUGGUGGAUUGCAGCUUGCCUGUUCUCCACAAGUCUUUUUGGUUUGUUCUACCAUCAGUACCUGACAAUCGCAUGAGUGACUAGCAUGACAAAGCUGGACGUCCAAAUAUUUUCCUAGAUCUGAACAUAAAAUCAAAGCCAUUUUUUGGGGAUUAAAACAAAAGGAUAUUUUAAACCGUUGCAGAAACAGCAUAUUGCUAAAGUACUGAGCACAGUUUAUCUGCUCAUUUUAAAUGCUUCCUCUGGUUCUCAGGGUGGAUAAAUGUCUUAACAGUUUGAAACUUAGGAGCUGGGAUGAUGUCUUGUUACUAAUACCAUGGAUGGGUUAUUUAUCUUUGAUGGAACUUUAGAAUUGAUGGAGGUUAUCAACAAAAGAUUACUUGGCCUAAUUGGUUGGCAAACCAGUGGGCCAAUUUGAUGGUAUAACCAUGAAUAAGAUGAAACAUCGAUAGACUUAAUUCGCCAACUCCACAUCAAUUUUAAUUUUAUGUUCUAUGUAUACCUGAUCGGAUUUUUAUGUCCAAAAGUUAGCAAAGUAAAUAAACUUAUUUUUAGAAUUAGCUUUGCAAAAUGACAUUCUAGUUAAUGUGUGGCGUGAUUUGAAUCUUAAUCUUUUGUUGUCCCUUCAAAUUUUUCUCCAUGUUCACUAACUUGAUAUGCAUAAUUAUUCAAACAUUAAGAUAAUGGGUGAGUCUAUUCCUCUCCCCUGCUGACCCACACAGUUGCAUAUGUGCUUUAUUUUUUAUCAAUUCUGAGCCCAGAAUGAUAUUGAGCGUAACAUUGUUACAAUUGUAACAUUAGUUGGUUGUAAAUGUUGAGCUAAGAAACUCCAGUUUGAACAACAACUGAUAGUGACAGAUUUCGUAGCAAUAACUGAGCCGUCUGUUUAUCCUUUUGUUGGAAAGUCCAGCAUUUUUCACUGUAGGGUAACCUUUACAGUUGGAAUGUGAAUAUAACUACUGUAUAUUACAGUAAAGGUUAAAUAUUUCAGAUUUUUAAGGGAACAAAUUUCUUUGAAGUUGUGGUUGUUGCUGUAAGAGAAUUUGAUUUGUUGCUUGUUGUUGCUAUUAAGUGAAUGAAUUGUAUUUUAAAAUAGUGAUUUUAUUUUUUGUUGUCAUUGUCUGAAAAAACCCUGCAAUACAAUGAAGCUCUGAUAUUGUGUCUUGCAUUAGUGAAGGAAACAUAUUUGAGAAAGCACCUCAGCUAUGUGACUGCAUCACAUGGACGAAUUGGAAUUCAUAAUUGUCAGAUCCAGUGAAUGAAAUUUAACUUGCAAGCUGAUGGAUUUAUUUUUCUUUGUUUGAUACUGUAACAUCUUAACCUUUCCACCACAAAUUAUGUUACUGAAUACCAUUGUAGAUUGAAACAUAGAAACAUAUAGAAACAUAGAAAAUAGGUGCAGGAGUAGGCCAUUCGGCCCUUCGAGCCUGCACCGCCAUUCAAUUUGAUCAAAGCCUCAAAAUUGCAGGUUAAAUGUUUAAAAUCUUUGUGAUAUGCACUUCACUGCCUGUAACAGCACCAUGCAGUUUACACAUUUGAAAACAUUGCAAAAGACAAUGGUGGGAGAUUGUAUAAUAUGAGGCGAAAUGAAUGAAGAAAAUGCUACUUUGAUUAGAGCAGCCUCCACUAGCUAUUUAAUUAUUGAAUCUCUAAUGUUUAAAAUAUUAUCAAAUUCAAAAGCUGAGACAAUACUUUUGAUUUUUCACUACAUGUUUGAUCAUUAAAUACAGUGUAUACAUGCUAACUAUUUCACUACCCCUUCGUUAAGUUGAAUUUCAGCUAUUGAUUCAGCAAUGUUUAAUAUUUCCUCGAGAAAAUGUAAUGUGCCAAGAAUAUUUGUUUGUUCUUUAUUUUGUCCUUGCUGUAGAGUGGCAUCUUUUUUGAGAGCCAAUUAUGUGCUACAAGUUCAGGAAAAACAUGAAACUUUACAUUCUAUGGCAAGCAAUGGAUGGGAAUGCUACACUUGAAAUAGCCCUCAGGCUAUAGAUUUUAAUCCAGUUGGCUAAGGACAUGCAAAUAAUACAUUUGUUUCAAGUUUCCAAUAAUCCUAUUGGAUUUUAUCAUUUAAAUACAAAUUGUGUGUAGCAUCUUCCAAUGGUGCUGUUCCAGACAGAUCACAGUCUGAUCAAACAGUACAAAAUGUAGUUGCAUUAUUGCGGUACAAAGCACAUUUUUAAUACAUUAUUGGUAAACUAUCAUCUCUGGCCAUUUUUAUGAUUUUUCUUUGAAAGGCAAAUUCCAUAUUUAUUUAACUACUUUGAAAGUUAAAAGUGCAAUUACUAUAAUGCAAAUUAAAUAAUGAAAACAUAUCAGACAAGUAAAAUUGAAAUCCACUUGAUAGAAUAGAGUGCUAGAAGUAGCAAGUAAUCUUAAUUGAUCAUUUGUAAUGGGACUGAUCUCAAACUAAUAUCCAUUUGUAAUGGCUACUACACUAUACAGCUGUAUGUUUCCAAGCAAAUAAAUUAUUCUUUGUUUAUGUAAUUACAACUUCCUUUGUGAAUAUUUUAAAUUUAAAGUAUGAUCAUAGUUAUGGAACUGAAGUCAUAACUGAAAUCUGUAUUAUCUGUAUUUGGAAUUGGUCUCUACUUUGUUUAACUUUAUGCACUAUAAAUUGUUCGUUAUAGGCAAAAAUAUGUAGUUAUUUAUCCCUCUUUCACCCAAAAGAUAGAAAUAAAGUAAUAGUAUAUUUUUCAAGUAAUACUGACACGUUAGUGAAAAUUGCUAACUCAUUGAUUGUUCUACCAAAAGCCAUUGACAAUGUAAUUUUUUUUUCCCAGUUCAUCUAGCUUGUUAGGAACUUUUCUAUGGUAGCUGAAGUCAGCAUUUGCAAUGUUUACAAUGCUGUAGGUGAUCUGUAGUGACAUCAGGCAUGGAACUGAGAGUGAACAAGAUAGAUUCGGUGACUGCAACUCAAACUAGCUAAGACACUCCCAUCACCAAAACAAAGUACCUUCAACUGUGACCAGGCAAAGCUGAAAUCCCACCUAUGUGCCGAUUGUAGAUUGGAGGCGAGUCAAAUAAAUUUAUAUGAUAUGUAAUUAAGCAAAGAAUAUAGUGUUCUUGAAAAAUAUUAAAGACUAUGUCUCAUUUUUCGUACGUGAAUAUUCAGUGUCAAAAAUUAUCUUGACCCGAGUGGUAUCAAGUGGUUGAGGUUCAAUAUUCUGUGGUCAAGAUACUAGGAGAGCAUUUGAACAUUAUUUUGAUUCUGAAUCAUAGUCCUAAUGUUGGUACGCCAAUCAGAAAAUAGAAUUGGAUAUUAUCUGACAUAUGGUUAGCUAUCCAUUGCCAGCGGUAAAUGUCUGAGGCCUUUCUGGAGAAAUGUAUUUGCAUUUGGUGUUUAAUUUGUGCUGAAAUGCACUAAAGUGGCUUGAUGCCUUUUAAUAAAAUAAUUGUUACUGAUUUGAAUGCA